AUGCGACCAACUGUGCCCUUGAUCGCCGAGUACUUGAAGCGAUUUUACAAUAGCACUUUGCCAGCUUCCCGAAAGGCACCGACAGGUGGGACAUCGAGCAAUGGCGAUGAUGCUGAGGGCUCCUCCGCAGAGGGGUCCGCUUCCGAUUGUGAUGGUGAGGAGGGUGAUGAUGCCGAAGCAGGGGGCGAGUCUGAGGAAGUGGAAGAUGACAUGGUGGUUGAUGCAGUGCCUGGUGGCGAUCUAGGUGUGAUUCCCCGGACAGUUCCCUCGGAGUCUUCCUCGUCGGUGAUCGUAACGCCACCACCCAAAGGCUUCCUGGUGGCAAAGAAACGUGGGAAGCAUUAUUUUGUAAAGGACAGGACUUAUGGCUACCGCUGCUUGAACUGCGAUUGUGCAAGCCAGGACCUAGCUGUUCUGAAGGGCAUUCAGUGCGAGCCACCAGAGGGUUCGGAGGCCAGGGUUGAGGCCACGACUGAUGCUGAGCUUGAGCUGGAGAAGCUACGUGAUCUCGAGGCCGAGGGUUAUCAGCUUCAGGAGUUGCUUAAGUUUGAACAGCAACAGCUGGAAGAGAUGAUGCUGCAGCAUGAGAUAUACGAGCUAGAGAGACAGCUAGCCCAAGAGGAGCAUGAGCUACACGAGGCCAAGAUUCGUAGCCUAGAGGAUGCCGCACGUGAAGCAAGCAAGAGGUCGCUGGAUGCAGUGUUUGAGCCAGCAGCAGAAAAGAAUGCAGGGCACGUGGACGCAGCAGCAUCAGCAAGGGAUGCAGGGCACAUGGAUGUAGCAGCAGCAGAAGCAAGGGAUGCAGGGCACAUGGAUGCAGCAGCAGCAGAAGCAAGGGAUGCAGGGCACAUGGAUGGAGGAGCAACAGAAGCAAGGGAUGCAGGGCACAUGGAUAGAGGAGCAACAGAAGCAAGGGAUGCAGGGCACGUGGAUAGAGGAGCAACAGAAGCAAGGGAUGCAAAGCGGCCUCGCAUUGAACAGUCCAACACUGUACGGGUCAGCGCUGUGGCUGGACCUGACUGCUUCGACACAGUGCCCUAUGACAUGGAAGACGUCGGCCUGCAGAACGAAGGCUCCGGCGAGGGGCACUGCCUGACCAGCGAGGUUUCAGGAGUUUCCCCAACUCGAGAUGAAGAUGAUGACGAUGAUGCUGAGUCUGUGGAAGCCGAUGCCACGGAGCUAGAGGAAGACAAAGCUUUGGAGGAGGAAGAGGAGGAGGAGGCCAAACCGGCUGCAAGCAAGGAGCCCAAGACUGCUAAGGCUAGCAAGGACGAUGCAAAGCCCAAAGCUAAGGCUGGUUGCAAGAACAAGGCUAGCAAGCCGAACAGCAGCAAGCCAGGAGCAGCACAGGCGGAUGCAAAGCAGCUUGCAAAGGAAGCAAAGAGCCGGAAAUCAGUGGCUUACCACAAGGCUUUUAAAGAGGCCAAGGACCAAGGCAAGUCAGAAGAGGAGUGCAGAGCCGCAGCCAAGCAGGUUCUCCUACUCCGGUGGAUGACUACGCUGGCAUUCGAGGAGAAGUACGAGUUCUUCGAGCUGUUCUCUGGGGAAGGGAAGGUUACACAGCUUUGGCAUGCAGAGGGGCUUUCUACUGCAAGCUUCGACAAACUCUACGGCGACCCGAUGAACUUCCUUCAAAACCAGGGCUUCACGAUUGCCUGCUGGGUGGUGCUCAACGAAUGCCCCGACGCCUGCAAUCUCGUCGGCCCGGAUUGCUCCAGCUGGGGCCUGCCAGCAAGGGCCACAAGCAUGAGGUCGAAGAUCAACCCAUUUGGGAGGAUGGGGCUUACUUGGGUAUCCUCGAACAACUGCUUGGUGAGCAGGCUUGUGCUCUUCCUGCUCCUCGUCAUGGCUAGACAGUGCACUUGGAUUAUCGAACAGCCCCACCAGUCGUUGCUGAAGACACACCCUCGCUGGGACUGGAUGUGCAACCAAGUCGUGAGAGUUUUCGAACAACGGUUUUGGAUGAUGCUGCAUGGUGCACCGAGCCCAAAGCCCACCGUUGUGCUGUCUCCCAUGCCUACGAUAGCUCAGCUGGAUCGUGGCCCUCUCACAAAAGCCGAAAAGCUGAAGCGCAACCGGCUCACUACGGUCCGCACCAUUCCUGAAAUAUAUUCGAUCGAUAAUGGGCAAUAA